AUGGGCUGGAAAGAGCGCGGAUGGCUGCUGUGUGUCGCUCUGAUCGGCUUUGUGUCAAAGGGUCAGUGCGUAAAACGAGCAGACUUUUUCCCCUUUGGUCAGAGCGCAGGAGACCAAGCACUGGAGCCAGGGACGGACAACACGCACCGACUUCAGCUGGACAAACCUGUCCUGUUUUAUGAUUCCUCCUACAACAGCAUUUUUAUCAACACCAAUGGCUUUGUCGCCACAGCAGAGCCCACCGAAGAGGCCACCUAUCUGGGGAAAAUGCCCGCCAGCUACGGCAUGGUCGCGGCGCUACAGGGAGACCUGGACACCAGCGACGGAGUGGGAAAAGUCUUUUUCCGCCAAGACGACAGUCCUGCUCUCCUUCGGCAAGCGGCCGAACACAUCAAUCGGGCUUUUCCAGAGGACGACGAAGUGACUCCCACGCAUGCUGUUGUGGUCACAUGGGUCGACGUGGCCACGCAAGAGCAGUACAGCAGAGGAGAUGGCAUCAAGAAGAGAAACACAUUCCAGCUGGUCCUGGCCUCCCUGGAGACUGCAUCCUAUGCUGUCGUGCUCUAUGCCAGAGAUGGAAUACAGUUCUCUUCCACACCAGCAAAGGGCAAGAGCGCAGUGAUGCACGCCGGCUUCAGCAAAGGCCUUGUGCGAGGCUUUCUGUUCUCCAGUCAGGGCCCAUACUACCGCAUCACGACCGACGAAGAGGAGUCUGUCAGAGCGCUGGCUGAGGAGACCAACUCUGGCUUGCGUGGCGUCCAUGUCUUUGAGGUCGGUACCUUUCCUUACUUCACAAACGUGGCUCCGGGAGAGGUGACUGAGCUUCCCACAGAGGCCCCAGAGGAGGAUACAGCAGGUGGGCAGCAGCUGGAAUACCCCCCAUACCUGCCGGAGGGGGGACAGAUCCCAAUCAACCCAGUCCAGUACCAACCGGAGAACCCUGAGGUGGUGGUGGUGGACGACUCAGACAUCAAUGUAGAUGUGUUUUCAUACAACCUUGGAGCAUGUGCGAACAACAGGGAUAAAUGUUCCCAGUUUGCUGACUGCAGAGACUAUUCUGGAGGAUACUGCUGCCACUGUCGAGACGGAUUCUACGGAAAUGGCAUCCAGUGUGUGGCAGAAGGGAAGCCCCAGAGGAUGAAUGGUAAAAUGAAUGGUAACGUCUACGUGGGCAGCUCUUCGACUCCGGUUCAGUUCAACAAAAACGACCUGCACUCGUACGUGGUGGUGAACGACGGGCGCUCCUACGUGGCCAUCAGCGACAUCCCAAAGUCCAUCGGCCCCUCGCUGAUGCCCCUCUCUGCCCUGGGAGGGGUCAUCGGCUGGGCCUUCGCUCUGGAGCAACCCGGCUUCAAGAACGGCUUUGGGAUCAUCGGCGGAGUGUUCACGCGGCAGGCUGAGGUGACCUUUCAGCCCGGGAACGAGAAGCUGACGAUCCGACAGGAGUUCAAAGGCAUCGACGAGCACGACCACCUGGAGGUCAGCACCCAUCUGGACGGACGCAUCCCCCUGGUCCCAGCCGGCGCCACGGUGCAGGUGGAGCCCUACUCCGAGAUCUACCAGUACAGCAACAACUUGAUUACAUCCUCCUCGACCCGUGACUACAAAGUGACCCACCCCGACGGCACAGCGGAGACCAGGACGUACCAGUGGCGUCAGACCAUCACCUUCCAGAGCUGUCAGCACGGAGACUCCAUGAAGGACGUGAAGCCCUCGCAGAUGCUGAGAGUGGAGCAAAUCUUUGUCAUGUACGACGUCAACAACGAACUUACGCGAUUCGCCAUGAGCAACAAGAUUGGAGACGUGAACGGAGGAGAGCCAGAGGAGAACCCGUGCUUCACCGGGAGACACGGCUGUGACAACAACGCUGUGUGUCGACCAGGAACCGGAAGAGACUUCAGCUGCGAAUGUGCGGCUGGAUUCAACGGCGACGGACGACAGUGUUAUGACAUUGAUGAGUGUGUGGAGACCCCCCUCAUCUGUGGAGCCCACGCCAUCUGCAACAACCAGCCUGGGACUUUCCGCUGCGAGUGUGUAGAUGGAUAUCAGUUUGCCAGCGAUGGGCGGACAUGUGUGGAGCGCGCUCAGUGCACCUACACUGGGGGCUCUGCCUACAUCUGCUCUUGUCGAGAGGGAUUUGUGGGAGACGGCUCCAUCUGCCAAGAUGUGGAUGAAUGUCAGCUCGGCAGGUGCCACCCAGACGCCGGCUGUUACAACUCGCAGGGCUCCUUCAAUUGUGAGUGCAACCCUGGCUACCAUGGAGACGGCUUCCAGUGCUCGCCAGAGAGGCAGAAGACCCCGUGUGAGCUGCACAGAGACAGCAUUCACUUCGGCCCCAGGGGUCCGCGUCCUCCGGUGGGUCAGUACAUCCCCACAUGUGACCAGAUGGGAGGAUAUGUGCCCAUGCAGUGUCACCACAGCAUCGGGGAAUGCUGGUGUGUGGACCAGAGCGGCCGCGAGAUCCCAGGGACACGGACCGAGCCGGGAGAUAGACCCACAUGUAAUGACCAUGGCACCCCUGUUGGCCCCACCCCUCGCCCCGAUGUGCAGCCGCUGCCACCCGGAACCCACCUGCUGUACGCGCAGAGCGGCCGCAUCGAGCACGUCCCGUUAGAAGGCUACAACAUGAAGCGCGAAGAGGCCAAGACGCUCCUGCAUCUGCCUGAGAAGGUCGUAAUCGGGGUGGCCUAUGACUGUGUGGACAAAAUGGUUUACUGGACAGAAAUCUCGUCUCCGUCCAUCAGCAGAGCCAGCAUCCAGGGAGGAGAGCCAGCGCCGGUGAUCACAUCAGACAUCGACAGUCCAGAGGGCAUCACUAUAGACCACUUGAGCCGGACCAUGUUUUGGACAGACUCCAUGAAGGACCGCAUUGAGGUGGCAUCUCUGGACGGAGCACAGCGAAAGGUCAUCAUAGACACCGACCUGGUUAACCCCAGAGCCAUCGUCUGUGACCCUCCCAGUGGUUAUCUAUAUUGGGCCGAUUGGAACCGAGAGGCCCCUAAAAUCGAGGCCUCGUACAUGGACGGCUCAAACAGGAGAGUGCUGGUGAAGGAUGACCUUGGUUUACCCAAUGGCCUCACGUACGACUCUCAGACCGCUCAGCUGUGUUGGGCCGACGCAGCCACACAUAAACUGGAGUGCAUGAAUCCUGGCCGCAGCGACCGCAGACAGCUCCUGGACGGCCUUCAGUAUCCGUUUGGGAUGGCAAACUUUGGAAAAAAUCUCUACUAUACUGACUGGAAGAGGGACGCUGUGGUUGCAGUGGACCGCUACACUGGCAAGGAAUCAGAGGAGUUCCAGCCUCAGAAAAGGACCAAGCUGUAUGGGUUAACUGCAGCCUACUCACAGUGUCUACAAGGACAAAACUACUGUGGUGUGAAUAACGGAGGCUGCACUCAUCUUUGUUUAGCAACACCGAAUGGCCGCUCCUGUAAAUGUCCCAGCAACACCGUGGGAUGCAGUGAAAGAGACGGCUACUAA